AUGGCGAGUCCCGGGCGCCGCGCCUGCCGCCGCCGCCUCCUGCUGCUGCCCCCGCUGCUGCUGCUGCUGCUGUGCGCGGCCCCCGAGAGGUGCGGGGCGCUGCACACCAAGGGCGCGCUCCCGCUGGACACCGUCACCUUCUACAAGGUGAUCCCAAAGCACAAGUACGUCCUGGUGAAAUUCGACACCCAGUACCCUUACGGGGAGAAGCAGGAUGAGUUCAAAAAGGUGGCUGAGAGCUCGGAGUCCAGCAGCGACCUGCUGGUGGCUGAGGUGGGGAUCUCAGAUUAUGGUGACAAGCAGAACAUGGAGUUGGGGGAAAAAUACAAACUGGAUAAAGACUCCUAUCCAGUUUUCUACUUGUUCCAAGAUGGUGACCUGGAGAACCCCUUGCCUUACGAUGGUCAGGUUAAGGCCAGUGCUCUCCAGCGUUGGCUGAAACUCCGAGGGAUCUACAUGGGGAUGCCAGGUUGCCUGAAAAUAUUCGAUGCCUUGGCCAGCAAAUUUGUAAGUGCCGCCCAAGAUCCUGAGCAUCGCCAGGCUCUCCUGGAAGAGGGCCAAGAGCAUUUGGCCAAGGCCAAAGAGAGCGAACGCAAAUCCGCCGAGCAAUACAUCAAAAUCAUGGGCAAAAUCCUUGCCCAGGGGGACCAGUUCAUCCCCAACGAGAUCUCCCGGAUCACCAAGCUGAUAGAUGAGAACAAGAUGAGCGACGGGAAGAAAGAGGAAUUCUCGAAGCGCUUAAACAUCCUGUCUUCCUUCCAAAAGAAGUCGAACAAUGAGAAAGAAGAACUUUAACAGGGCAGGUGAAGGUGGUAUAUAACAUGGGGUGAGGUCCCAACUGGUGCUCCUUUAAGCAGGCAAAAACUUCCCCUUGCUGCUUCAAAGAGGUUGCAAAGCCCUUUUAAAAGCCCCCUACCCACCCCAUUAUUGGGGACAGAACACACCCAACUUCAGCAGGGGGAAAUUUCAGAGACAACCAUGAAGUCCAAUAACCCCACUCCAUUGAGAGGAAUUUGAGCAUGCAAGAAACGGGGUUAGCACUGGGUGGUUUUUGUGUGUGGAGCACCAUUUGGUCCAAGGGAAAUUUAUUAGAGAAAGUGAAGUCAAAGCUACACCUGUCUCUUACUGACCAGUAUUCACCGAAAUCAGUUUUAUGGAAAAGGUACUUAAUUUGCUAAUAAAAGUUACUGGGGAAACAAACGC